UAUAAAUAGCGGGUGGGCUUUGGAAAACCCUAAGCGUCGUCGAUUGCCAAAGCCGUUUUUUCUCUCUCUUGUGGCUCUAGUCUCGACCUGAGAAGAUGAAGUUUAACGUCGCAAACCCAACCACUGGUUGCCAGAAGAAGCUCGAGAUCGACGAUGACCAGAAACUCCGUGCGUUUUAUGAUAAGAGACUCUCUCAAGAAGUCAGUGGAGAUGCUUUGGGCGAGGAGUUCAAGGGAUACAUUUUCAAGAUCAUGGGAGGGUGUGACAAGCAAGGCUUCCCAAUGAAGCAGGGAGUUUUAACCCCAGGCCGUGUUCGCCUUUUGCUUCACCGAGGAACUCCUUGCUUCAGAGGACACGGAAGGAGGACUGGAGAGAGGAGAAGAAAGUCUGUUCGUGGUUGCAUUGUCAGCCAAGAUCUCUCUGUUCUUAACCUUGUCAUUGUCAAGAAGGGUGAGAAGGAUCUUCCCGGGCUUACCGACACCGAGAAGCCAAGGAUGAGGGGACCCAAGAGAGCUUCCAAGAUCCGUAAACUGUUCAACCUCACUAAGGAGGAUGAUGUCAGGAAGUACGUCAACACUUACCGCCGCAAGUUCACAAACAAGAAAGGCAAGGAAGUGAGCAAAGCUCCCAAGAUCCAGAGGCUUGUGACUCCGUUGACCCUUCAGAGGAAGAGAGCUAGAAUCGCUGACAAGAAGAAGAGGAUUGCUAAGGCUAACGCUCAAGCUGCUGACUACCAGAAGCUUCUUGCCUCUAGGCUGAAGGAACAACGUGAGAAGAGGAGUGAGAGUUUGGCAAAGAAGAGGUCUAGACUCUCUUCUGCUGCUGCCAAGCCUUCCGUUACUGCUUAAAAAGCUCGAGAGUCUGUCUCUGUGUUUUAGUUUUGUUUUCUUAAAAAAAAAAAGUUAGUUGGAGUUCACAUUUCCAUGAUAUUGGUACACCCUCCACUUUGGACUUGUGUUUCUUGAUUUAUUCUCUUUUAGUUGAAAGACCACCUUAAUACUCGAUUUAUGUUUCUCAUUUUAUAUUUAUGAUCAUGGUAGUACUCUAUUUACAUA